AUGAAAAUAUUUCGGAAGCCUCCAGCUACAAAACUAUUUGGAGAUCCGAGGCUUAUACGCAUCCACACUGGCGAGAAGCCGUUCAAGUGCGAUCAUUGUGGCCGCGCAUUUCGUCAACCCGGUAAUCUUACGCGACAUAGACUUACCCACACUACGGUGAGUCCAAUUCUCGCUAUUGCUAAUCGACAUACGAGUACGUCUGUUUCAGGUCAAACCGUAUGUAUGCAUUCACUGUGA